GCCUUAGAGAUUACUUUAGCAAAUUCGGAGAAAUCACAGAAGUCAUGGUGAUGAAGGACCCUACGACGAGGAGGUCGAGCUCGUCUGCGAUGGGAUUGGCUGACUCCUCUGCUCCCCUGUACUCGAGGCCAAGAGGGUUUGGCUUCAUCACAUUCGGCGACCCCGCCAGCGUAGACAAAGUAUUAGCACAUGGUACACACGAAUUAGAUGGCAAAAAGAUCGACCCCAAAGUAGCAUUUCCCAGGAGAGCACAUCCAAAGAUGGUGACGAGAACGAAGAAGAUAUUUGUGGGUGGUUUAUCAGCACCUACCACACUGGAGGACGUGAAAAGUUACUUCGAACAAUUUGGACCGAUUGAGGAUGCUAUGCUGAUGUUCGACAAACAAACCAACCGACACAGAGGCUUUGGAUUCGUCACAUUUCAGAGCGAAGACGUAGUGGACAAAGUUUGCGAAAUCCACUUUCACGAAAUCAAUAACAAAAUGGUCGAAUGCAAAAAAGCCCAGCCCAAAGAAGUGAUGCUCCCGGCGAACCUGGCGAAAACGCGCACCGCUGGACGUGGGACAUACGAUUUUAUGUGGUCGCUGGGGACUUUACCUGAUGGUUUCCCCGCCGCCGCAUACGCUGCGUACGCAGCCGGUCGUGGCUUCUCCGGCUAUCCGAGCUUCGGACUACCGUACCCCACAGUGGACAUCACGAAUGGACAGCUGACACCAAACAAUAACACCCCGCUGCUAACACAAGCCCUAUCAGACUUCACAGUGAUGAACAACUACCAGGCGGCAGCGGCCGCGGCAGCACAAGGCUUCGGCACCCCGGCAUCACCGCACACGACGACCGCGGCACGGACCGCAGGCUUCACCAACACCAACUCGCCCGGACCGACGAUCGACAUGUACAGCUCGAGUGCGGCGGACAGCGUGGGAUACGUUCAGGCGACCAGCCCGCAGCCGUCCGGAUUCCCCGCGAUCGCCGUCAGCCGUGCGCCGCUGAAUUACAGCCCGGGCCAACUGAUCCCCGCAGCAUUCACCAAUGGCUACCAUUGAAAUAAACUAGCAAGCAAUAUAUGAUCACCAUCGUCGCUAUUAUUUUGGAACGGGGUAUAAUUUCCAUUUGUCCCAGCAGAGAGCAGCAAACGUCAAUAGCAAACCAACCCAAACAAAAAUAACAACAACAACAACAAGCAACAGUAGCAGCAGCAGCAAAACAAUUAAACCGCAAACCCGACGACGCCGAUCGUGUGGAUGCAACGAUUGUGACAACAACAACAGCCAAACUUUAGGAAGAUCGAACAGUCAGCCGAAACGUCAACCGAGGCCAAGUAGUUCGCAACCCUGCUCCUCAGUAUGUAUGUGUUUGCGUGCGUGCCCGCGUCAAAUUGUUGUCUCAUUUAUCCCGUCGGCAAUGUGUUAGGUUUGUUUCUUGUUUUGGGAUGCCAACUUGACAGGCGCAUGAGAUUUAUGCUUAGAGGAAAAACAAAAAACAAAAAUCCCACCUUUGCAGUAGGCCCUGCCAGACGACGAUGGAAUAGGAUGACAGGUGGGCGGAUUUUGGGUAAAUUGAUAGGAGUGUGAGCGUGUGUUGGUGAGGGCAUUUGUUCGGUAGGAAGAUUUAGGGCGCAGUAGGCUAACUGUUGAGAAUUUGAAUUGGGUAGAUUUGAAGGGACUAAGUUGGUGAAAAGAGACAAAACGAAAGCGUCGAGCGGCUGAUGGAUUCUAUCGGAAACACAUUACACAAAAUGAUAAUAAUGCUAAAGGACAGGUUAAGAUAAACCAAUUCAAUGAAGAAUUCUACUAACACAAACACACGUACAUAUAUUUUAGAUAAGCAAACAACCCAAACAACAAACAAAACAAAAACACAAAAAGCGCAUCAUUGUUUAAGACGCUGAUGAGAAGCAAAGAAAUGAGCUAAUUUGUUUCGAUAAAAUAUUUGUUAUUCUCUUUAUAUUUACUUAAUUUUAACCUUUAACUACAAUUAUUGACUUGAAAGUAGGCGGACAGAUGAGAGCCAAAUACUUUAAAGAAAAUACAAGUAAAAAAUAACAAAAAAAAAGUUUACACGAACACAAAAAAAAAAACAAAAAACCUACGGAUGAAUGCCGCAGUCCGUUCUCAAAAACAACACACACUACAAUAAUUAAGCAAAACUUAUUACGUUUACGUUUCGUUUUUUGCUGCAAGCAAGCAUCUAUUAAGCAGAUAUGAUAAUUUUUACUUUUUAAAAAAACUAAGCAAACUUGUAAAGGUAAUUAAUGAGAAGAAGCAGAAAAGCUGGCGCGAAGCCAGCUGCAGAAGCUAGUGGUCUUAGGUAUAUAUAUUUAUUAAUAUGGAAAGGAGACAGGAACAUUAAACGAAUGGACAGCUAACUUUUUUGCGCGCCACCAUGGGCAGCGAUCGUUUUUAGCACCUACUAUUCCUCAUUUUAAAUUGUAAAACAUUCGAUAGGUGCCGUGCCGGUCGGAGUGUUUCUGACCGCAUCGGCACACCAGCAGCUUGACAGGAAGUUUGUUUGGCUCUGGCGUUAAAGCAAAGCUUGUAUUUCACUUUAUUACAUCUAUUUAAACAAUUUUUCAAACAACAGCAGCAGCAUAUUUUUUCACUCGAGAAAAACAGGAAAAUAAUGCAUAAAAUGAAACACAAACGUAAAACAAGCAUAGACAUAUUGGCAAAUGGAAAGCAAAAUUGUGUACGAAAUUGAGAUGUGAAGAAAAAUGGAAAAUGCAAUAAUAAUUGUUACUACAAGUAAUGCAGUAAGUAAAAACCCAAAAAAUAAAAAUAAUGAGAACGAGAACCAUCAUUAGAAAAGAAUUAAGUAAAUUAAAAAAAAAAACAAGGAAAAUUGUGAACAGAUGAAUACUUUGGAUAUUUUUUACACUUGAAUGGUAAAAAGCAGCUAUCCAAAAACAAACAAGAAUGAAAGGAGAAGAUAAAUUUAAUGAGAAUGUAAAUUAUUAUAAAUACAUGAAAUAUAUGAAUUAAAGAAAACGUAAUUCAAAGAAAAAAAACAAAACUUAGUUAAAUAUAAAUUAUAUUGAAAUUUAAAUUAAAUAAAUAAAAUAAUACAAAUAUUUAAAACAAAUACUAUGAUAAUAAAAUUAUUAUAAAUUAAUUUUUAUCAUUCAGAAAACUCAUGAGCAGAAGAAAAAAAACACAAGUGAAGAGAACUUGAACGUAAACCAAACAAACCACACUAGAAAGCAAACCAACCCAACCUAAAAAUUUAAAUGUGCAGCCAUGAUGAACACGGAUUUAUGUGAGUGAAUUAUUUCAAUUAAGAGGAAACCAAAACAAACAACAAACGAAUGUGAACUCUAAGCAAAUUAUACUGGAAAAGUAAACGCGAGCAUACACAUCCCUUGUAGAAGACCUUUUGAACCCGUGACUUGGAUGAACCCAAUUAUUUUCGCAAAAAAAAAAAGAAAUACAUCCGAUCGAUAAAAUCUGGUGUCAGUUUGGAUAAAUCGGCAAAAUUCUCUCACUUUUACACAAACACAUCUACGUAAGGAAACAACAGCAAACAAAAAUCACUCACAAUAACAAAUAAACUUGGAAGAAAAACAAAAAAAACAUAUUUGAGAACAAACCAACACACGAGCAAAGCCCAGUUUAUUAUUGUGAAUUAUUAUAACUUAAUGCAAAGUGAAAAAAUACGAUUAAUUACUGGAAGAACAAGAGAAUACCAUUACAGCAGAACAAAAUCCAGCAACAGCAAACGUAAGUGCGCACUGUCAAAAUAAAGUGGAACAGAAUGCGGCACUAAACACAGUUAGAAAACGAGACGAAAGAAAUUGGAGCAAAAGCAAAGAAAAAGAGGAGAAUAAUAAUUAAUUAACACACAUCAAGGAACAAACUAGUGUUUUCUUUGUUUCACCCCUCUCUCCCACUUCCCUUCCCCAGAGUCAGCGGAUCCGGAUGCAGUACCCGCAUUUUUAUUUUCCGUUGCAAACGCAGAGACUUUGCGACCUGAUUUGCUUCCCGCCAUUUUCCAACAUCCGCAGAAAAAAAAACGUAGAAAAGAAAUUCCCCUUAUACGCGACCAGGGUUGAGCUGGGAACGUCCCCGAUUCGAUUGUUUCUCGCUUGAGAACUCUUCGCGUGCUCUCUCUGUCUUUUGCGCUCUCCGCUUCGUGUCGUUCGUGGGAGGCGAUAUAGCUCGGCUUUUUUCGGUUUCACUUUCGUGGCGUAUUCUGCGAAACUGUCCAACUGGGAACGAACGCGAUCGAGUGUUGUUAUCGGAAUAGACCGACGAGAUUAGAGCCGGUAAGUUAAUUUUAAUUAUUUUCGUUUACUUGUUUGUUCUGAUUGGAUUUCAGUAAUAUUUUGAUAAGUUUUUUACUGUCUGUAAAUUAUGUUAAUGACAGACCGAUGUCGGAGAGGAAAGCAAUGGAAAAGCGUAAUGAUCGACUCCCACUUUGGUCCGUAUUAAUUUAUACGAUGUUGUACUGUGUUAUGUCGUUAAUCAUGAAGCGGUGACUAUUACCGAAGCUGCUUUUUCAAUUGUUAUCGUAUUCUUAGGUGUUUGGUUUCGGGUUAUCAGCUUUGUACAUUUUGUUUUGUUACGUGUCUAUUCAGAAUAAACCGAUUGAUCUAAAGUCAGCUAUAAAUUCGCUUGCUGUUGGAAACGUCUCAGCUCAGCUUCCACUGUCGAAUCAGUGCCUACUUUGUGCUUUAACAAAAUCCACUUUUUAUCGAUCGUUAAUCACAACUCUUGUAAACAUGUUGGACUUUUUUGUUACUGUUUUGAUGUAGAUUAACAGCGUCUUUUUUUAUUCUAAUGCAAAGCAUGUUACUCCCUUCAAUCUCAGACUCCUCAAAAUAAGUUCAUUAAUUUGGUACGACAUAUUUGAAUGUUAGGCUGGCACUUACUGUGAAAUUC